CUUCAAUUUCAACGUGCUUUUCCAACUUCUUUUCGACCCCUAAGGCCGCAAGAGAUCUCUCGUUCAUAAUUAAAACCCCACAUCACACAAAACUAUCACAAUGACUCGGGAGGCGGAUAGAAAGCCGAAGCGUCGCUUCUGGCUCCUUACGUCGCCCCGCACCGCCUCCAACUUGCUAGUGAAGAUCUUGAAUCUGGACGAGCAGGGGGUGCGACCUGGACCGAUGAGAGGCGGCUAUUUCUUUCUGUCCGCCGCGCUGGAGCGCCUCAAUCGCCUCGAAACACCUAUAGGCGCUUGGACGAAGGAGGAUCGCGAGGUAGUAAACAAGGCCCACCAGACCGCCUUCGACGCGCUGCAGGACUACGUCGAGGCGGCCGAGCGGGAAGGCCAGGGCGUGUUCGUCAAGGAGCACGCCUCCAUGAUGACGGACCCCUUCUACGAGCACAAGUACACCCACGGCGACGACGCCGUGUCGGGCGAGCCGGGGAUGCUUGUCGCGCGCGGCGUCGACCGGCCGACCCGCUCGCCGCUCAACCUCACAGCGCUGCCGGACGAGUUCCUCAAGACGUGGCACCCGACUUUCCUGAUCCGCCACCCGGCCGUCAUGCUGCCCUCGCUCUACCGCACCACGCAGGCCGACCUGGGGGAGGAGUUCGGGAACAAGCGGCGCCGGGAGGAGGGACCGCUCAAGCCCGAGACGACCAUGAAAUGGAUCCGCACGCUCUACGAGUUCUACGUGGCCCACUUCCCCGAGGACAGCCCGUGGCCCGUCGUUCUCGACGCCGACGACAUCAUGAAGACGCCCGAGCUGGUGGCCAAGUACGCGCCGCUGGUCGGCCUCGACCCGGCCAAGCUGCGCUUCUCGUGGGAGAGGGUGCCGGAGGAACAGCUGAAGGCCAUGCCCAAGGCCUCGCAGGUCAUGACGGGCCACAUCAGCACCACCUCCAAGAUCGACCCCUCCAAGGUGGCCGGCGACAUAGACAUCGACACCGAGGCCGCCAAGUGGCGGGCCGAGUUCGGCGAGAAGGCUGGCAGGAACAUCGAGAAAUGGGUCAGAGACAUGAUGCCUGAUUACUUGGCCAUGCACUCCAAGCGGCUGAGGCUUGACUGAAGCGCGGGCUACCUGCAUGGGAGUCACUUCUCUGAUGUCUAAACCAUCUUAUGUUACAACUACGGGCAAAAUGGUUUACCAGCGACCAAAACCUUAUUUCACAUCAUCAUUGUUCUACUUGUUUGGUGAACCUGUAAUCGGGAACUCCCUUUUUACAACCAG